GCCUGAGCCCCGCUAGCCCCGCUAGCUCAGCUGGCUAACAGCAGAGAAAGUCAUCGUUAGCCGGGAGCUAACCCGGAGCCUGGACCGGGACCGGUAGCACCGAGUCGGACACUCGAGGCUUAACUCUGCGUAACAAGUGUUGACCUUUGAUACCGGCGCUGGCCGUGACUCCGCGGGCCGCCGGGGGUUGUCGGCUCCUCUGUCACCGGGGCAGUUGGAGUGAAUGGUUGUCCGUGGCAUCUCGUUAGCUCCGCUUGCUAACUUGGUAACAAUCAGCUGUGUUCGCCUCGGCUAGCAGACCGGACGGAGCGGCGCUUCAUCCUCACGGCAGCGGGGAUUAAACUUCACACUCUGAGCAAAUACCUCCACUUCUCCUGCCUCAAGCAGCUUUUCUGGAGCGGCCCACCCCGCCGGCUGGUUCUGCCUGACUUUAAAGUACAAGCUGCCUGUGGCGUCGAGAGGAAUGCUCGCAGCUCUGCCCUGUGUUUGAUCCCAGCCUGAGAACCAGAGGCUAAACAUGGCGGCCAAGGCGGGAGACGACCCCGAGAGCCUCAUGACCCUGGCCACCGUCUUCUGCCUGAGGAACCUGAGGAAGACCAUGUGCUACCAGGGCCUGAGGAACAAGCUGUGCCUCCGCUCCGACAUCUUCCUCCCCAGCGAAAUCUGCGACAAGCUGGUCAACACGUAUAUGGAGCUGAUCCACACAGACAGCAACUUCGAGCCAGAGGAGAGCUUCUUCCAGCUCUUCUCAGACCCCCGCAGCACCCGGCUGACCAGGGUCCAGCUGAGGGAAGACUUUGUGCGCGACAGAGACCUGGAGGCCAUCAGGAAGCAGGACCUGAUCGAGCUCCACCUCACCUACUGCAACAGCUUAUCGUCCCGCAGCCUGAAGACCCUGUCCUGCUUCCGGGACACGCUGGUCUCGCUCUGCCUCUUCGGCUGCAGCCACAUCUUCUACAGGAAGAGCGGCGCGCCGCUGGCCUGCAUCGAGGACACGGAGGACGAGGAGGAGGAGAGCCCCGCGUCCAGGCAGGCCUUGGAGACGGACUUUAACUUCCAGGGCUUCAACCGCCUGCGGCUGCUCAACCUGGGCGGGCUGCCCGACGAGGUGGACGCCGAGACGCUGCUCCGGCCGCUGCGCUCCCUCACCUCGCUGGACCUGUCCAACGUGCAGCUGCUGGGCACGGCGUUCCUCACCCAGUGGAAGGAGCGGCUGGCCUCCCUGGUUCUCUACAACGUGGACCUGUCGGAGGAGCUGGUCAGCACGGUGGUGGAGCUGGUGAAUCUCAGGCAUCUGGACAUCUCCCGGGAGAGCCGGCGGCCCAAGUUCAAGAUGACCAGGAAGACCCUGACGGCCAUCGUGCAGCGCCUGCUCAACCUGGUGUCUCUGGACAUCUCGGGCCACAUGAUGCUGGACAACUGCACCGUCCCACACUUCGAGGAAGCCAUGGGACGUCCGAGCAUCGAGCCGUGUAAGAGCAGCAUCUACCCCUUCCAGGAGCUGAAGAGGCCGCUGCAGUUCCUGGGCCUGUACGACACCACGCUCUGCAACGUCACGCACAUCCCCGCUUAUAAGGUGACGGGGUCAAAGAAUGAAGACCAGGUCCUGAACGCCAUCGAGGCGUACACGGAGUUUCGUCCCGAGCUGGCGCACAGAGCCAUCAACCAGCUGUUCGACAUCGCCAGGAUACAGCACUGCAGCCAGCUGCUGCGGGCUUUACAGCUCGUCAUCGCCGCUCUGAAGUGCCACAAAUACGACAAGAGCAUCCAGGUGACGGGCAGCGCCGCGCUCUUCUACCUGACCAACACCGAGUACCGCAGCGACCAGAGCGUGCGGCUGCGCCGGGAGGUCAUCCAGGUGGUGCUGAACGGGAUGGAGCAGUACCAGGAGGUCACGGUCCAGAGGAACUGCUGCCUGACGCUGUGCAACUUCAGCAUCCCGGAGGAGCUGGAGUUCCAGUACAGCCGCGUCAACCAGCUGCUGCUGAAGAUCCUGGAGCCGGCGCGGCAGGACGAGUCCAUCCAGAGGAUCGCCGUGCACCUGUGCAAUGCGCUGGUCUGCCAAGUGGACAACCACCACAAGGAGGCCGUGGGCAAGAUGGGCUUCGUCAAGACGAUGUUGAAUUUGAUUCAGAAGAAGCUCCAGGACAGAAUGUGUGACCAGGUGAUGGAGUUCUCCUGGAGCGCUCUGUGGAACAUCACGGACGAGACGCCCGACAACUGCCAGAUGUUCCUCAACUGCCGCGGCAUGAACCUCUUCCUGGAGUGUCUACAGGAGUUUCCAGACAAGCAGGAGCUCCACAGGAACAUGCUGGGCCUGCUGGGAAACGUGGCGGAGGUCAAAGCUCUGCGGCCGCAGCUGCUCACGCCGCAGUUCAUCUCCGUGUUCAGCAACCUGCUGGACAGCAAGGCCGACGGCAUCGAGGUGUCGUACAACGCUUGCGGCGUGCUUUCCCACAUCAUGUUCGACGGGCCGGAGGUCUGGUCCAUGGAGGAGCCGCGCAGAGACUCGGUGAUGGACAAGAUGUGGGACGCCAUCCAGAGCUGGGACGUCAGCUCGCGGCGCAACAUCAACUACAGGUCGUUCGAGCCGAUCCUGCGGCUGCUGCCUCAGAGCAUCUCCCCCGUCAGCCAGCACUGGGCCACCUGGGCGCUCUACAACCUGGUGUCCGUUUACCCCAGCAAGUACUGCCCCCUGCUGAUCAAGGAGGGAGGAAUGAGCCUUCUGGAGAACGUUCUGGAGCUGGACAGCUCACAGCCGGAGACCAAGGACAUGGCCAGGAAGGUGAUCGAUCAGUGUGAGAACUUCAAAGAAGACCCCAUGGAGACCAACCACGGGCAGGACGUGAACCACGGGCAGCGGGGUUGACCCGUCGGUCCCAGGAGCCUCCCCUCGCCGCCGCCGCCGUGGUGGACUGUGUGAAUUCUUCUUCUUUUAGGUCCUUCGUGUAACUUCAUAGAGCAGAAGCCCGGGGCGUGCCAGGCCGGACUGUAGGAUGCGGUGUGUGGGGUGUUUUUGUUGUGAGGGUGCUUGCUCUGCCGCACGUCAGCGUCCGGGCGUGUCCGGGCCGGCCGCACAGACCCCCCCCCCCCCCCGCUUCCCCAUGUGUGUGUGUUCGUGUGUGUGUUUGUCAGACGGGGCGGCGCUCGGUUCUGGAUGGAAGGAGCCAAAAAAGAAAAAAAAAGAAAAGAAAGGGAUCCCGCCACCCACAGCUCACCGCCGGUAACCUUUAAAAACACAAACCGACCACGUCUCCCGUCCUGCCGCGGGACAUGUACAGUGAAGAGUGGCUCACAGUGCUGGACUCUGCUGGUAAAUAUGUAAAUAUUCUCUGUGUGUCUCAUCCUUUCUACUGUCCGAUCAUCGUUCUCGCGGCGCGCACGGUGGGGCCUGUCGGAGAACACGGGCGUCCCGGUGUGGUCUGGCCUCUGUGGAUCCUCUGUUCUCUAGAGGAGCGUCUCCAUCUCGCUUCUGUUUCUAUCCGACUCCUGAAGCAGCGGGGAGCUUCGACACUUCAUCACGAGCACUUGGUUAAAAAAAAAAAAGAAAAAGAAAAAAAGACGGGAGUGAAGACGUACUGGGACAUUCUGGAGGACAUGGUCUCCAGGAGUGGACUGACACCAACAAUAAGCACAUCUGCAUGUUUCUCCUGGGCUUUCCACCUUCACGGAUCCACCUUCAGCUCUUAGGAAACACCCAGAGACGAGUUUUACUCCGAGCUGCUUCGGUUUAGGCUCCACAGCUCUGGAGAGAUCAGAAUUUGUAGAAAAAGCUCUGCGUCUCAAGGCAACGCCGCUCGGGGGAGAAUCGAGACGGAUCCUGACCGGACGAGUCACGAACAGCAAGUUUGAGCUCCUCGGCUUCAGAUCGUUAAAGAGAAGAGAAAUCGUCCCAAGACUUAACUGCUUUAAUUGAAGUGCUUCCAGAGUUUGGAUGUCUGAUGAAGAUCAGUGGCAGAGUUAAAAAAAAAAAAAAAAAAUUCCCAUCAUUCAAAGGUUCGACUGCAUCGUCUCCGCCGCAGGCAGCUCUGGGGUGUCAUGGCCGCC